AUGGGGAUCACGGUUGAUGAACAGAACCAUGCUUCACGCUCGCACGAGCCUAUCGCCAUCGUGGGCAUGGCCAUGCGGCUGCCUGGCAGAGUAAACGACAGCGAAUCCUUUUGGCGGAUGCUAAUCGAGAAGCGAAGUGGGCUCUGUGACGUGCCGAAGGACCGAUAUCACCUUGACGCCUUCCACGAUCCGCAUGGCAAGCGGGGAACGGUGAGCAUGCGGCAGGGCUACUUUCUCGACGACGUUGAUGUCCGCCAAUUUGAUAGCAAUGUGUUUUCCAGCCCCAAGAAAGAGCUAGAACGGCUGGAUCCGCAGCAGCGCCAGCUCCUCGAAGUCUCGUAUGAGUGCCUGGAGAAUGCGGGAUGCACCCUGUGGCGGGGUCGAAAGAUCGGCUGCUACGUCGGCGUGUUUGGCCAGGACUGGUUGGACUUGAAUGCAAAGGAGACACAGCAUAUGGGUGCCUAUCGCGUUACGGGCUAUGAUGACUUUGUGCUGGGGAAUCGUAUUUCGUACGAGUUUGAUCUCCGCGGCCCUAGCAUGACCAUAAAGACUGGAUGCUCAUCAUCAUUGGUAUGCCUCCACCUCGCCUGUAAGUCGCUGCGCGACGGUGACUGUGAGGGUGCAUUGGUUGGUGGAACAAGCUUGAUCUUUUCGCCUACCAUGAGCCUGGCACUUAGUGAUCAAGGUGUGCUAUCGCCCACUGGAACGUGCAAGACCUUUGAUGCAUCUGCCGAUGGUUACGGGCGUGGUGAAGCAAUCAACGCUAUCUACAUCAAGACCUUACGACAGGCCAUUCAGGACGGAGAUCCCAUCAGGGCAGUCAUCCGAGGUACGAGCGUUAACUGUGACGGUCAGACGCAGGGAAUGCUCACCCCGAGCCCAACCGCGCAAGAGGCACUGAUGCGCCGUGCGUACGAGAUGGCCGGUAUUACUGACCUCGGCCAGACGGCCAUGAUCGAAUGCCACGGUACCGGCACCUCCGUGGGGGAUCCUCUCGAGACCACGGCCGUGGCGAAGUGCUUUGGCGAGACUGGUAUAAUCAUUACCUCGGUCAAACCCAAUGUCGGCCACUCCGAGGGGGCGGCCGGCUUGACGAGUCUCAUAAAAGGAGUUUUGGCACUGGAACACCGUCAAGUGCCGCCUAACAUACACUUUUCCGAACCGAAUCCCGACAUCCCUUUUAAGGCCGGCAAGCUGCACGUCCCUGUGGAGGUUGAGCCAUGGCCUGCGGACCGUGCCGAGCGAGUCAGCGUCAAUUCCUUCGGCAUUGGCGGUGUCAAUGCCCAUAUGUCACGCCCGGACCCUGUUCUUGGGGGAGCGAACGCCCAUUUGCUACUCUUCUCCGCCCACAGCGCAGUCUCCCUGCAGACUUCCAUCGCUGCACAUCAAGCGUACGUUGAGCAAGGUCAUGCCCCCUUGCAGGAUGUGGCAUACACGCUCGCCAAUCGCCGGUCCCAUCACACCUAUCGCGCUUAUGCGGUUACAGACGACCAAAAGUCCUGGAAAGUGUCGACAGCAGAAGCUGCCACUUUGCCUCCACGCAUUGUGUGGGUAUUCACGGGACAGGGAGCACAAUGGCCGCAGAUGGGGGCAGAGCUUCUGGAAGUAAAUGCCACCUUUCGGGACACAGUUCAGAAAUUGGACCGUUUUCUACGCACACUGCCCAGUCCACCGCCAUGGACGAUCGAAGCGGAGCUACGCAAGCCAGACACGAUCAGUCGAAUCUACGAAGCCGUCAUGGGUUACCCCUUGUCCAUUGCCCUCCAGAUAGGGCUUAUUGAUGUGUUGCGGUCCUGGGGCAUCGUCCCCACGGCUGUGCUGGGUCACUCAUCCGGGGAGAUGGCUGCUGCAUAUGCCUCCGGCGCCAUCACUGCCGAGGAGGCGAUGGCUGCCGCCACCUUCCGAGGUGCGAGCCAUGAGACCUCCUCCCGCAAAGGAGCCAUGGCGGCCAUUGGUCUGGGUCCCAAAGAAGUGCGGCCCCUACUCCAACAAGGGGUCGUGAUUGCUUGCGAAAACAGUCAUCAGAGCGUGACGAUUUCAGGAGACACCGAACGGGUCGAGGAGGUGGUGCGUCGUAUCCAAGAGGAGCAACCGGGGACUUUCGCUCGUUUCCUACGCGUGGAGAAGGCUUUCCAUUCUCACCAUAUGCAGGAGUAUGGACCUCACUACGAACGGCAUCUCCAACCAUUUCUUCAAAGCAGGUGCCCCGAGGUCCCCUUUUACUCGACGGUCACGGGGGACAGGUUAACGGGAGAUGGCUUGGGCGCCACAUACUGGCGUCAGAACAUGGAGAGUCCGGUGCUUUUUAACGCCUGCCUGCGAUCCGUCCUACGGGACUAUCCCGACAAGCUUACCUUUAUCGAAAUCGGACCGCACCCUGCGCUUAAAGGGCCUAUCCGACAGAUACUUCACGACGUCCAACGACCAGACGUCGGGCACGUGGGAACCCUCCAACGAUCACAACAAUGCCAGGGAAGCCUCCUACAGUGUGCGGGCACGCUUUUUCAGCAGAAUGUUUCUCUUGACCUCGCAAAGGUCUGCCCCCGGGGUCAGUGUGUCACGGACCUACCCCGUUAUGCCUGGCAGAAAGAUGUGUCCCACUGGGCCGAGCCACGCUUAGCCCGCGACUGGCGCUUUCGAGCAUAUCCGCCGCACGAACUUCUGGGAAGCCGGGUAAUUGAAAUGGGCCAUGAGCCGUCGUGGAGGAAUGUACUAGCCUUGGAACACCUUCCUUGGCUGGAAGGCCAUCGCGUCAGUGAUCACACCGUUUUUCCUGCCGCAGGUUAUGUUUCUAUGAUCGGGGAGGCUCUGCUUCAGUUGGAAGGAGAACCCGUCUACUCGCUUAGAAACAUCAGCAUCUGUACAGCAUUGACGUUGCAAACGGAAAGGUCGACGGAGGUCCUGACAAGUCUCCAUCCACUAUCACUGGACUCAUCGGAGGCGUCUCCAUGGUAUUCAUUCAGCAUUAGCUCCUUUGACGGAACCCGCUGGGUGCGAAACUGCUACGGUGAGGCUAGAGCGUCCGUAGAUAAAUCUGUAGCUAGGAACGUCGACGAGUCAGCGGUACCAUUGCCGCGUCCAGUUGAUCAAAGAACUUGGUACAAUGUCCUGCGGCAGGUGGGCUUGGAUUACACGGGGGCAUUCCGUGGUCUGCGAUCCAUCUCAGCUGCGACAGUGGAUAACAGAGCCACUGCGACCGUCCCGUGGCAGAACAUCCACGGAACUGCACAUUAUGCGGUCCAUCCCGGAAUGAUCGACCAGUGCUUCCAGUUAUUCACCGUGUCUGUCUGUCGCGGUCAGGCACGGAAAUGCCGUCAUCCCGCCGUCCCAACUUUCAUCGAAGAAAUGGUCGUUAUUCCCACCAAGGGUAGUGUAGAGGUAGAUUCCCAUAUCCCUACUUCUGAGGGAGGAUCAUAUGUUGGCGAACUUGUUGCCCAUUCAGCAGGCGAGCUUGUCCUGUCUGUGAAAGGGUUCAAGGCUUCUGCCCUCACUGCAGCGAGUGCUGUCUCGGAAGAUGUACCGCUAAUAACCCAGUUGGAGUGGAAACGAGACGCUGACUUCGCUGAUUUGUCGCAAUUGAUGUACCCCCGUAGGCACUGUCCUUCUGAAUGGGCCCUACUGGAGGAACUUUUACAACUCGACGAGCAGACCCCUGAGCAUCUCCGGGUGAGAGGGUCGAAUAUUUUGGUUCCUGCAGAUCUCGAUCUCGAAAGCAUGAGCCGUGCCAAUCGUCUGGCUCGCGUGGAUGCCCUAGUGACCCAAGUCAAGGCCUCGCCAUAUGCAGUCUUCGCCACCGCGGUACAUCGCCUUUUCAUGGCCGCUCCAACUAUCUUCACCGGUGAAACCCAUCCGCUACAGGUCCUCCGGCAAGACCAAAUUUUUGAGGAGUUUUGUGCUAUCACGGACUCUCUAGAAUACACAGAUGCGGUGGCGCUCUUAGGUCAUAGCAACCCCGUCAUGCGUGUCCUGGAGGUCGGCGCUGGGACAGGCGGAACUACCCGGAAGAUCCUCCAGGCGCUUACCUCGUCCAAUGGCGAGCGCUUGUACAGCAGCUAUACCUAUAGCGAUGUUUCACCAGGAUUCUUGACGACAGCACAGGAGCAGUUUGCCGACCGCGAAGGCAUGCUAUAUGCUGUAUUUGAUAUCACGCAAGACCCUGCAACUCAGGGCCUCGAGCUGGGGCAGUACGAUUUAAUCGUUGCUAGUAAUGUCGUGCAUGCCACGCCGUGUUUGCAGACCUCUCUUCGACACCUCCGCAGUUUGCUGAGCCCCAGAGGUCGUCUCUUCUUGCAUGAGCUCUGUCCUGAGGCCAAAUUUUAUGAUUAUGUUAUGGGAUAUUUACCUGGGUGGUGGCUUGGACGGGCGGGCAAUCGCCUCGAACAGCCAUAUGUUUCACCGGACCGAUGGACUCAGGAACUAAAGGCCGCAGGCUUUGACGAGCCCGAUGCCGUCGUGCUUGAUGGAGUUGUCCCAUAUCAUAGCAACGCAGGCAUGAUCGUUUCAACGGCCCGUCCGCAAACAAUUCCCUCUAGGGUGACUCUGUUGUGUUACACCCCAACAAAAACAUACGUGGAAGGUCUUAUUCAGCUCCUACAUGACCUGAAAAUCUGCGUGGACAUCUGCACCCUAGGCGAGCCUCUGGCCCCCACGCAGGAUGUAAUAUCUGUGCUAGACCUGCAACAGCCUACAAUCCACGGCAUGUCAGAGACAACGUUCAAGGUAAUACUGGGAUAUUUACAAACACUCAAGGAGAAGAUGUUGUGGGUCACCCGUGCGUCACAGGUGAAAUGCAAAGAUCCCAGAGCUUCCAUGAUACUGGGACUAGCGCGCAUCGCCCGCAAUGAGUUGUCGGCUAGGCUGAUGACGGUGGAGGUGGACAACGUGACUCCGAACUCAACUGCGGCGCAUUCAACGAUCAGAAUCUUUCUCCGUGGUCCUCUUUCCGACCUUGCGCCUGACUCCAUGAGUCCGGAUUGGGAAUAUGCUAUUGUUGACGGGGAGGUUUUGGUGCCCCGUGCACAUUGGACUAAUAUCCCCGAGGCCUUUUCGCAUCUCCGCACCUCAGCCCCCUCGACGCGGAAACAGCUCGCCAUUGAGACGCCGGGCUUGCUUCAUACUCUAGGGUGGACGGAGAAUGAGAUUGACAGCUUGGCAGGCGACGAGGUCCUCGUUGAGACCAGAGCAGUGGGCUUGAACUUUCGUGAUGUGCUGAUCGGUCUUGGGGUGCUUGACAACAGCGCUAGAGAGGUGGGACUUGAAGGUGCUGGCAUUAUACGAGCCGUCGGUGCCCAGGUCAAAACUCUCUCUGUCGGUGACCAUGUAAUGUAUAUGUCCAGUGGGUGCUUCGCUACCCAUGUAACUUUACCAGAGGCUAUCUGCGUCCGAAUGGAUGGGACUAUGUCCUUUGAGAUGGCUGCAUCGCUGCCGUGUGUAUUCACUACAGCUGCCAUGGCUUUGGUGGAUAAGGCAAGAUUAGGGACGGGUCAGUCCGUUCUGAUCCAUUCUGCGUGCGGUGGAGUCGGCUUGGCUGCGAUUCAAAUCGCCCAGAUGAUAGGAGCACAGAUAUACUGCACCGUGGGGAGUGAGGAAAAGGCACAGUAUCUGAUCGACCAUUAUCACAUUCCGCGCGAGAAAAUCUUUUAUUCCCGAGAUGCAUCCUUCCAGCGGGACAUCAUGACGGCCACCAGAAAUCGGGGUGUCGAUGUGGUGCUCAAUUCCUUGUCCGGGGAGCUAUUGCUGGCCUCAUGGAAAUGUGUUGCCGAGUUUGGGACUAUGGUCGAGAUCGGCAAACGAGACUUCCGCCGCCGUGCGAAGCUUUCCAUGGAGGCCUUCGAGGCCAAUCGAACAUUUGUUGGGCUUGACCUCUGGCAGCUAUCUCAACAAAGGCCCAGGCAAGCCGCCGAGCUCCUAGAGCGUUGUGCGGACUGGAUACGGUCUGGGGCCAUCUCCUUAGAUGCCCCGGCCAACAUCUUCCCGGCCAACCGAAUCCAAGAUGCCUUCAGAUUCAUGCAGGCGGGUCGACACAUUGGGAAAAUUAUUAUUACUAUGCCUGAUGACCCUAUUGAUCUUGGAUCAGUGCCUGGGAAACCCUCCAUCACUCUGCGGCCCGACCGCAGCUACCUUCUUGUGGGUGGGCUAGGGGGGCUGAGCCGCGCGGUAGCUUCCUGGAUGGUUGAGCUCGGAGCCCGACAUCUCAUCUUCCUCUCCCGCUCUGCUGGCCAGCUCCCUGAGACUGUCCAAUUUGCAGCUGAGCUUCGCUCCCAGGGAUGUGAGGUCCACUUGGUUACAGGCACCGUAUCUGAGACAAAUGAUGUCUAUAAUGCAGUUAAUGCAGCGGGUAUGCCAGUGGCUGGCGUCAUAAACAUGUCGAUGAUCUUAAAGGAUGUAUCACUGGCGGACAUGAACUUCUCCGACUGGACUAGCGUGGUAGAACCCAAGGUUCAGGGGACCUGGAACUUGCAUCAUGCCACCUCUGCUGACCUGGACUUCUUCAUUCUAUUCUCUUCGUAUAGUGGGAUUGCUGGUCAAUGGGGACAGGCAAACUAUGCGGCCGCCAACACCUUUCUAGAUGCUUUUGUGCAAUAUCGACAUGGAAAGGGCCUGCCGGCAUCCGUGAUAGAUGUCGGCGUUAUGGGUGAGGUGGGUUUUGUAUCACAGAAUGAGGCUCUAUUCGACCGCUUCGCGAAGAGUGGUAUGCAUAUCUUGAAGGAGCAGGAUCUUCUGGAUGCAAUGGUUCUCGCCAUCGCACGAUCAGCUCCUGAACCCACCGGAGCCCAGGCUGGGGCGUACUGCAAUGCCAGUCAGAUUCUACUCGGUGUACACACUACCGUUCCCAUAUUGACCCGCUUCAGCCGAGUAGCCUGGAAGAACGACAUUCGGAUGAGCAUCUAUCAUAAUAUCCAUGGGGGCAGCGAGGUAUCCCCGGCUGGAACCUCAGACCAAAACAGCCUCCGGGGAUUCCUUGCUGCAUGUGGCUCUCGACCCGAGAUCCUGGAAGAGCAAGAAGCCGCAACAAGAAUUGCGCAGGCAUUGGGCUUGGCGCUAGCAAACUUUCUCCUGCGCGAUGCUCAGGCCAUCAGUACCCACGACUCCCUUCCGACGCUAGGGGUCGACUCUCUUGUGGCCAUGGAGGUCCGAAACUGGAUUCGGCAGCAGCUCGAUGUGGAUGUCAGUGUCUUCGUGCUCCUGCAAAGCCUGUCGCUACUGCAUGUAGCUGAUCACCUUCGCCUGGCUCUUGUUGCUCGCCUGGCGGCCAACGGGCCUACCGCUGUCGAGGCAUCGUAG